UGGGUUAAAACAUUGUUUGCAGACAUAUUUUUCUUUUUAAUUAUGUUUGUAAAGUGCAAAUAUAGACGGCGUUUAAAUAUAAAGAAUCUUCGAAAUACGGGAACACAUUUUAAAAAAAACGGUUUGACUUAUAACGCUCUUAAAAUGUAUUUUAAACACAUUUAAUCUUUAUAUUUCUACUGUUUUACCACCAUUUGUACAUUAUUAGACGAGUUUGCAUCUUUUAAGCGGAACCAUGUAUCUGCUUGUCGCGGGGAAGCAUUUUGCAGACGGACUUGACGUCUGAUCACAGGGUUGAAGGCACAUCAACUACGAGCAAGAUUGUUUACCUCGUCUUAUAGAGCGUAUGCUCGGUGGAGGGAUGAGUCGCUCCGCUGCGGUGGGCACAGAAGUGCCGGAAACAGCAAACGGAGUCGCGACGUCUCCUUGUUCGGAAAACAGUUCUCAUGUUCCAGUGGUGAAAUGUGUAGGUAACAAAGAUGACUUUCCCACAGAGGAUUCCUUCCUCAGACACACAGAAAAUUACUUUGGUAGAGAAAACACAGUCCACGAUCGCCGUUGUUUGGAUACAGAAAUAGAGGACAAUGUGAGAAGGAGUUUGUCUUUACACCCUUCUCCUGAGAUGGACCUCUCGCCCUCUGAGGACUCGUGCACGGCAGACUACUUGGGUGGAGUCUGUCCUGGAGGCCCGAGCAGGCCUGCGGGUCUGCGGCAAGACUUUCCGCCUAAACCUUCCUCGUCUAGGGGAGGACGCCCCGUCACCACAGACUUGGACAGUGGAGAAGAGGAGGAAGAGAAAGAGAAACAGGACGAGGAGGAGGAUGAGAAGAAUGAAAAGAGAUGGCGGACUGAGGUUGCCGGAGAGAGAAAAGAAGUUGAGUCUUUACGUCACUACUCCUCCUCCGCACCAGGUCCCAGCACCUCCUCCUCCCCGCCGCCUCCUCUUCUCCCCUCAGACGAUGUCCCCUGUCCCCCUCACGUCAUGGCCCAGGUGUGGGUCCGCAACGUCCGAGGGAUGCAGGACAGCAAGAGCCUGGAUGAGAUCAGCCAAUCGUGCGGCGGCGGUGUGGGGGCCCGUGGAGCAGGCAAAGCGGGUCAGUCCGAGGGCAGACGGGCGACCAUUUCCUCGGCCCUUGAACUGGAGGGCACGGUCAGCCAUGAGGGAGACCUGACCCACUUCAUCACCAAGAACCUGGAGCAGAAGAUCAAGAUGAGCUCCAAGCCUAGUCUGGACUGCAGUGACUCGGAUUGUUCAGGUCCCAUCUACCGCAGCAGAGGGUUGUCACGGAGACCAGCUGAUAUCCCGCCCAUUGAUCCCACCGUCCUGGUGGACCUGCAACGACACACUCAGGACGUGGCGCACAGUGUGGAGAUGAUGAUGCGCAGCCUCAACGGAACCAUCCAGAAUAUGACAGCUUUGAGCGUGGGCUACAUUCAGACCUACAGAGACUCCGUGGAUAGUCUGGGAGAGUCUGUGGAUAUGAGUAUAAAGGGCAUGUACACGCUGAUGGCCCGAUGCGAGGAGUUGGACCGCUCCAUGCAGCCCAUCAACGUCCUGGCGGCACAGAUUCGAGACAUCAAGCGCACUCUGGAUGCUCUGGAGGCCAUUUGCAAGUAACCCUGUGCUUCCCCCCCCGCACCUUUUUGUAGUAAAGACAAAAGCACCAAGCACAUUGAAGAAGGUUCUCUGCAAGUUAAGAGUCGACACUUUUUUUAACCUCUGGGAGAUUUACCAGGCAUGCUGGAUUAUUUGGGCCCUAACCUCUCAUGCUUGUUGUUUAAAGAUCAUUUUUAUUCGUUUGAUCGAAGCGUUUAUCCGUCCUGCCGGCUUUGACCAGGUUGCACUAAACCCUCGUCUCCACAUGGUGGCAAUGUUGCUUUUCCCCCCCCCCCACUGAACUGCUCCAAUGACUUUUUUGGGGGAACUGGCACAGAGUCUAUUUUUAUUCAAACGCAAUAAUGGCACAUUUUUUUCACCGCAGGUGAGCAUUGUGUAUAGCGUCUUUUAUUUAUCUUUAUUAUUUAUUUGGUUAUGCUGAAAACUCACGUACAGUAACUGUCCCUGUUUCGACGAGAUGUCCUUGUUUUUAAUAGUUAGAACAUGUAGUGUGUUAACUACCCAAAACUAGUGAUCCAUGUUACCUGUUUAUUAAACGGGCAUCCUUGGACUAUGCUGACAUUCGCCAUUAGAACUGUCCAAAAAACACAGUAAAAUAACUUCUAUCACUUUUUAAACUAUUGAACUAAUACAAAUUACAAUGUCCUUCUGAUUGAUUUAUCACCAACUUAGUUAUUCAUUUAAUGUGGCUUACUAUAGAAAAUAAUAACACUCCAGGAUUGUAUCGUUCACGGCAGUCUUCUUUUUCCCAUCAGCAGAAGAUACUGUAGUGCGUGUAUAAUAAAAAGGCUACGAAAAACAACUUCUCAUCCUCAUCACUGAUCCUUUAAAACUCUUCCUGCGGUGGUGGAACACUUAGUCCCUGUGGAUUAAAAAGAGCUGCAGAUUCCUGUUACAGUGUAACACAAAGCAAAGGUCAGCCGUGGACGUGUAAACCUUGAGAGAGUUGAGGGAGGAUGUCCUGCUGUGCUAGAAUUUACUGUUGUGCAACUGUCCUUUCUUUUUUUAAGACACCCCUUUUUGGAUAUGAGCUUAUAUUUUCAGGAAGAAUUUACUAUUACUCAAGCUAUCAAUUCACAUGGAGUAUGAAUACUGUAUUAUAAACUGUGCUCAGAAGUUUUAAAAAAUGCCUAAACAUUAAAUUAAACUUG